AUGUUGGACGCAUACUCCGCCAACAUGAACUUUUAUCUUCUGGUUCACGAACACCAAACACGAACUAAUGACGAUCUCCCGCCCAUCGAGAGAUCGCAGCCCCCUGGGGCUCUCCGGCAGCUUUCUAUAGCGCCACGACGGGACGUCAAGAGUCUACGCAAUUGGCAUCAUAACCACGAGCAUAAGGAUAUUUCAGAGAAGGAGCAGAAGUACCUGGAACGUGACGAAGACCUUGUGGCUCUAGCCCACGAAGAAAAAACCCCUUUACGACAAGUUAUCGACGGAUCUCAUCGACUGCGAACACUUUCCCUGUGGAGACAUAGAGAGGAAGAAGUUGCUACUUACGACAAAAGAGAGGUCUCUUACUAUUCCGACAAACGGAUGGACAAUUUCGCCUCGGCAGUCAUCAUUGCCAUCGGAGUGCUGAUGCUCAUCACGCCCAUAUGGAUACUUCAGGCGCUGACAGAGCUGAAGCCGAAACUUGCAGUCAUUACGAUCUUCAUCUUUGGGUUUCUGCUCGUCCUCUCCCUGGCCAUGGUUGCCAAGCCCUUCGAGGCGUUGGGCGCCAUUGCAGCGUAUGAUUCUCCUUGUAGUCCCAACGACAGGAAGUUCUAUCGCUAA